AUGACUGACUAUUUUUCUCCUACGGCUCCAAAAUCAGAGGUUCUUCCAGAGUCAGAGGAAGGGCUUGGGGUCACCCAGCCAAUGGAGCAGGAUGUCAAGCCAGAGGUUGAGGGUCAGGGUCAGGAUAAAUCUGGUGACAACGCGGACAAACCUGGUGACAACGGGGAGGUUCAGAAAGCAAAGAGGCAGAGGAGAUCAAGCGGCAAGAAAGCAGAAGCAGAGUCAACGGCACCACCAGAGCAGAGCAACAACAACGGUGACGACAAGAAUCAGCAAGCUGAUGCGGAGAACCCCCCACCCAUCAACAUGGAUGGCUUCGUGCAGGUCGCUGAGUUGGCAGAUCCCCCCGUGAAGCUCGUGAUUGGCCCGGUGGAUGGGAACGACACCUUGUGUAUGGUCAGCAGUGCGGACAGCUCCCGGCAAGUGCCCAAGAACAUCGUCAUGCUUUGGGUCGGCGACGGCAAGCUGCAGAAGUCGCAGGGGGAGCCGACACCAGGGUCAUUGGUAUACCCUGAUUCCAGAACUCAGAAGGGCAUGUGCCUAGAUUUUGAGUCAAAAACGUUUUCCACGCUCAAAGAUCUUGCACGCAAGUACAAUGUCAGUGACAUUCUUGGCUUCCGUUCGUUCCCGCCCGGAGCCCCUGGAGACUUGGCUCCUGACAGCACGACUUGGGUCAUGGAGAGCGUCAAUCCUCUGAUCCCGCGGCUUAAGCUGGCUUCGGACGCCAUCGAUCAUAUGGGAUGGGUCUGGUGCUUCGUGGUUAGAAAUUCGAAGCUCGUACCAGCAGGCCUUUGGGCUGAAAAUCGCCUACAUACUGCGAUCAUGUAG